AUGCAUAUUCAGUCGUUCAUUUCUAUAUCUUGCUUCGCUUGGGCGAUCGUUGCUCAUGAUGUUCCUAGAGGACUCGAAGAGCGACCAACAUAUACUGUAACAGUCCAGUUGUCACAGUGCACAACAGGAUUGACGACAACCUCGACCUCGACCACCACGGCAACAGUGCGCACCACGGUUUAUUCAUCCAGACCGACAAGCCUGGCUGCACCUCUGGCGUCGGCUUGUGCUUAUUGGUUAGAGAAUGUAAAGCACCGAGGCAUUGCCUCAUUCAACGAGGAUGCCGGAAAUUACACAGUCUUUCGUAACGUGAAAGACUACGGCGCUCGAGGAGAUGGUGUGACAGACGACACGAAAGCAAUAAACCUAGCCAUCAGCGAUGGCAACAGAUGCGCACCAGGCACUUGCGCUUCCUCAACAACCACGCCGGCCCUGGUUUACUUUCCUCCUGGUACUUAUAUUGUCUCCGGCGCCAUCGUCGGCUACUAUUAUACUCAAAUUAUCGGCAACCCCAACUGCUUGCCCGUAAUCAAGGCUUCAUCGGAUUUCGAUGACGCUUGGGUUAUUGAUGGCAACCAGUAUGGAGCAAACGGCCUCGGUUGGGGUGCUACAAACGUUUUUUGGCGCCAGAUCCGGAACUUCGUCAUUGAUAUGACUGAUAUACCAGCCACAAAAUCCGUAUAUGGCAUUCACUGGGCGGUGUCCCAGGCCUGUUCACUUCAAAAUAUUGUCUUUCAGAUGUCAAGCGCUCCUGGUACACAACAUGUUGGCCUCUUUAUUGAGGAAGGCUCCGGGGGAUUUGUCACUGACCUUGUUUUUCAUGGCGGCUUGUACGGCUUGUACGUGGGAAACCAGCAGUACACCAUGCGGAACUUAACUUUUUACAACGCAGUUACUGCGAUCAGACAGAUCUGGGACUGGGGUUGGACAUACUCCGGUCUCAGCAUCAACAACUGUCAGAUCGGAUUGAACUUAACUUCUCUUCGAGUCGAUAAGUCUCAGGACGUUGGCUCUGUUGUUCUUUAUGACAGUGAGAUAAUCAACACCCCUAUCGGUAUUUGGACAGCUCGUAAUGCUGGCUCCACACCUGCAUCUGGAGGCAGCCUCAUACUCGAGAACGUUGCUUUGGAUAACGUCAACGUUGCGAUUCAAGGAAUCAACAAAGAGGUGAUCCUCGCUGGAUCGACCAGAUCAAGCAAGAUCGCUGCUUGGGGUCAAGGACACGCGUACACUGCCACAAAAGGACCAUUGGCAUUCCAAACUGCGAUCAAUGCGAAUCGGAGACCGUCGAACUUGACGACUGGGACGCGAUAUUAUACUCGCUCGAAGCCUCAGUACGAACACCUCCCAAUGUCACGGAUCAUUAGCAUUCGCGCUGCUGGAGCCACAGGAGACGGAAAAACGGAUGAUACCAACGCCAUCAACGGAGCUUUGCAGUAUGCAGCCAAGUCUGGCAAAGUCGUUUUCUUUGAUGCAGGAUACUACAAGGUCACCAGGACAGUGUUCGUCCCAGCUGGGUCCAAGAUUACAGGAGAGGCUUACCCAGUGAUUUUGUCCAGUGGCAGUUUUUUUGCCGAUAUCAACAACCCCAAACCAGUGGUUCAAGUCGGCAAGUCGGGUGACAAUGGCACUGUUGAGUGGUCUGAUGCGAUAGUCAGCACUCAAGGCGCACAAGCUGGUGCUAUUCUGAUUGAGUGGAAUCUUGCCUCUAAUCAGAAAUUCCCAUCGGGUAUGUGGGAUGUCCACACCCGGAUUGGAGGGUUCGCUGGUUCCAAACUACAAGCUGCUCAAUGUCCCAAGACCCCCACUACAACAGUGACUCAAGCCAACCUGGAUAAGGAUUGCAUCGGCGCGUUCCAAAGCGUCCAUGUGACAAAAUCCGCAGUCAGUCUUUAUAUGGAAAACUGUUGGUUCUGGGUUGCUGAUCACGAUGUCGAUAAUCCCUUGCUGUCUCAGAUAACUGUUUAUGCUGGGCGCGGUCUACUUGUUGAAAGCAUAAAUGGAAACAUCUGGUUGGUUGGAACAAGUGUUGAACAUCACGUCCUAUACGAAUAUCAGCUUUCCCAAACAAAGAAUAUCGUCAUGGGCCAAAUUCAGACGGAGACAGCCUACUACCAACCCAACCCUGAUGCUACUAUUCCCUUCCCAACGGUCGCAGCCCUCAAUGAUCCUAUUCUUUCCAAAGGUCAAAAUGGAUGGGGUCUUCGCAUCGUCAGCAGCAGCGAUGUCUUCGUUUACGGAGCUGGCCUUUAUUCUUUCUUUGCCAACUACAACGUAUCAUGCGCACAACAAGAUGUUGAGGAUAAGUGUCAGUCGCGCAUUGCGAGUAUUGAGAACAGCCAUGUGUCUGUAUACAACCUAAACACCGUUGGAGCGACAUCCAUGGCCACCGUAAAUGGCAGGGACCUCGCGAACUGGGCUGACAACAAGAACAAUUUUGUCUCGACGAUUGCUUGGUUGGCAACCUAG